AUCUCACGCUUUAUCUAGUGUUAUUCCCCUUGACAAGAAGUAAAAUAUUGCACAAUGCAUUCUAUAGGUUGAUAGCGAACGAAUCAGUAGAAAUGGCAGAGUCAAGAAGUGAAGAAACAAAUGUGGGAGAGACCAAGGCUGCUGGCAAUGAUACAGAAACAGUUCAAAAUUCUAGCUCGUUGCAUUCAUUGACUGAGAAAUUACAGGGGCUGGACAUAAUGAUUGAAAGUCAGACAAAAUUAAAAGAGAUGCAAGAAAAUGGAACUGAUUGGCUACAAAAUGUUACCUUGAAAAAAGCGUCUGGAAAAAAGUCAGAAAAAGAUCAUGGGAAAGAAUCUGUAAGUGCUGAGAUGUCCAAGUUUGUUUGCGAGUUACAGAGGACUGAUAUCAAAGAAACUUCACCGGAGAAGGAUAAAAAAGCUGACAGUCCUGGUAAGAAGAAACAAAAGAUUGGGAGUAUUUCCAGUGAAAUGCAGGCAGAGUUCCUGGCCAGUUAUCAGGAGAAUUUAGUUUGUAAUAUUGGCAGUGACGAUACUGUAAUGAGGGAAACCCAGUCUGUGGAUAUGAAAGAGAUCGAAGGUGCCAGAAUCAAGCAGAAGUAUUCAUCAGAGGCUGGGUGUGUGGAAGAUAGGAAAGGAGAAAUGAAGGACAACUCUGCGGGCAGUGUUGAAAAGAAAAGUCCAAAGAAGAAGAAAAACAAGAAAAAGGGUCCGUCACCAGAGAAAGACUACGGGGACCAAGAUAGCAGUGGUUCCUACUCCCAGCUGCUGCAAUCAAUGGGCAAGAGGGGCCAGAAAGGACCGCCCCAAUCAAUGAAGUACCAGUCUCAGGAUCUGCUUGACGAAAAAUAUAUGGAUGAAGUUGAUGACUUGAUUGACCAGAAGCUCCUUCAGGCCUUCCCUGAACUGUUGCAAUACCAAGGUGUUGAACAGGCUGGUUUUCAGCUCUAA